AACUACAUCAUCAGAUUCUACACCUUGCCAACUCCUACUUCAUUACGUGAAAAUGGGACUCGUCGACUAUUCAGAUUCCGAAUCCGACUCCGAACCCGUCGCCAAGCCCGUGCCCCCCUCACAAUCGGUGACGGCUCCAGCAGCAGGCGGCAAGAAACCCUUCCAGAAAGUAGUCGACCGAGCGAAACCAGGCAAGAUCCUCGUCAACCUCCCGCAAGGCUCAUCUAGUCGCGACAAGAGCAAACCUGCAGAUGGAGAUAAUGAGCCACCCCCCAAACGCGCAAAGGUUACAGGUAGAGGGGGCGCGUUCAGCAGCUUCAACUCGUUCCUCCCGCCUCCAAAGAACGUCGGGAAGCCUGUGGCGUCGAGUAGUAGUAGUGGGAAACCGGCGCCAAGGCCUGGUAUCAACUUGAAAACGGGCGCUACCCCUGGUUUCAGUAGGGAGGUGGAUGAGAAUGAAGAAGGAGGUUCAGACGGGACAUCAAAAAGGGGCGAAGAUGCAGAAUCUACGGCAAAGCAGCCAUCUAUACCCGCGGAACAGAAGCCAGCAGACGAGGUCAAACUAGUCGGCAAACCAUUAAUGUUUAAGCCGUUAUCAGUAUCGCGAAAACCAGGCAAGAAGAGCGCGACCAAAUCAUCAAAGACCGCCACUACUACAUCUACACCGCCAGCUCCUCAGCCAAGCGCGGAAUCACAGGCGCAGGAGAAAGACAAAGUGGAACCACCUCCGAAAAGGCAGAAAAUAUCACUCUUCUCAAUAUCCGACGACCCGGAGAUAGAGGCAGUAGAGACCACCACAUCCAGCACCGGCCCCUACGAACCCAUGUUCAGCACCUCCACCUCCACAGCCGACGACUUCGCCGCAUACGACGCGCAAUUCGCAGCAUCCCACAGCACAUUACCACCACCCCAAGCCACCCCCUCCAGCGCCGACACCCUCGACUCCAUAGCCGCAGACAUGAACCUAUCCGCCGCGGCGCGACGCGAGCUAUUCGGGCGCGGCGGCGACCCGUCGUCCUCGUCGGGAAGCCGCGUGGUGCGCUUCGACACGGACCGCGAGUACGCGCACAACGAAGCGCUGCGCGCCGCGGGCCAGCUGCAGCCCACGUAUAACCCCGUGCGCUCCAUCGCUCCCGGGAAGCACAGCCUGCGGCAGCUCGUCACGCAGGUCCAGAGCCAGCGCGACGCGUUGGAAGAGAGCUUUGCGAAGGGGCAUGGGAAUCGGAAGGAGGCUAGCGCCAAGUACGGGUGGUGAUGAUGGUGAUGAUAUAUCUCUUGAGGCAAAAAAGGAGGGGAGAAUAUUUAUGUUGGUUUUAUGCGUAUGUACAUACAUCCGGACAGGUGAGAUCGAGAGUUUGGCAAUGGAGAAUGAAGGCGGCAUUGUUUGAACUAAUGGCAGAAUACUACGGCAUGGCAUAGCAUGGCAUGGCAUUGGCGUAAAUCAUAAAUCGUUUUCCUCCGAGGUAUUCAUCAAAUCAAUAUUUCAUAACUAAAAAGAG